AUGAGCUACUACACAGGCCUGGGCUACGGCCACAACGGCGUGAGCUGCGCCUACCGUGGCUGCGGCUACGGCGGCCUGGGCUAUGGCUAUGGCUGCGGCUACGGCGGUGGCUAUGGUUGCGGCUACGGCGGUGGCUACGGCGGUGGCUACGGUGGCCUGGGCUGCGGCUACGGGUGGGGCUCUGGCGUCUACGGCUACGGCGGCAACCGCCCAUCUUGCUGCAGAAGGUUCUGCUUGUAUGGGUGCUACUGA